AGCAGAACGGAAUCAGCCUACAUAAUGACCAGUCAUAACUGCUGGGGAUAUGGGCAGAAAGAUGGACCUCCUGAGUGGUACAAGUCCUACCCCAUUGCCCAAGGAAAUCACCAGUCUCCAAUUGAUAUAAUCCCCACACAAGCCAUAUAUGACCCCUGCCUGAAGCCCCUUAGCGUUUCAUAUGAAUCGUGCUCAUCUAUCGACAUCUCCAACAAUGGGCAUUCAGUCAUGGUAGACUUUAAGGAUGUUGAUGACAAAACAGCGGUCAAUGGAGGGCCACUGGAAGAUCCUUACAGGCUGAAACAAUUCCAUUUUCAUUGGGGGGCAAGCCAAGACUCCGGAUCAGAGCAUACCAUCGAUGGCAACCCUUUUCCUUGCGAGCUCCAUUUAGUUCACUGGAAUGCCAAGAAAUAUGUGACCUUUGAAGAGGCAGCGGCGGCUCCAGAUGGCUUAGCAGUGAUUGGUGUUUUCUUAGAGAUUGGAGAAGAACAUGCCAGUAUGAACAGAUUGACAGACGCCUUGUACAUGGUCAAAUUUAAAGGAACCAAAGCCCAGUUCAAGUCUUUUGACCCCAGCAGCCUCCUGCCCUCUUGUUUAGAUUACUGGACAUAUCCUGGAUCCUUGACAACGCCUCCCCUUAACGAGAGUGUGACCUGGAUAGUGCUAAAGGAGGCCAUCAGAAUAUCUGACAAACAGAUGGAGAAAUUCCGUACCCUCCUCUUCACCACAGAAGAAGAUGAAAGAAUCCAGAUGGUGAAUAACUUUCGUCCCGCUCAGCCUCUUAAGGGAAGAGUGGUUCGUGCUUCAUUCAAGGCUUAAGUAGGUGUGUGUGCAUGUAGGAGAAAUAACAACUGAACUUCAAAACAUCCAAAGGGCUUCAAUAUUGGCAAACAAAAGAAAAUGGAUAAUAGACCUGCAGCUUAGAAAACCAUCUCAGUGGAACUCUGGGACAUCCAAAGUAUUGGAUCUGAGCAUGGAUUAAAUGAAAAUAUAAUGUACUGUGCUUGUGCUAAUCUGGGCUCCCUUCCUAAGUACUGAUAGUUGCUUUCUGUUAUUAUUUUUCAAAAUAAUACCUGGGGCAGUCCUUAUUUUUGCAGUUAGGUCUCUUGGAGCAAACUCCUCAAUCUGUCAUUAUCUUCCAAUGAGAAAAAUGCUGGGGAUGUUGUCGAAGGUGUCCUGGGAACCUUUUUUUUUUAAAAAAAGGGUGGGAUAUAAACACUUAAGUUAAUAAAUAGGCUUUGGAGGACAGGGGGUGGGCGUGGUCCUUAUUGUAAGAAUAGUCUUACUGUAUCAAAGUUGUAUCUAAGGAUUUUAUGAGUGUCUCUAUUUUCAUCUGUUUGAGGGACACAACUACAAAAUAAGUUUCUCGCCUUCAAGGUAGCAGAAAACAGUGUAUUGAGGGCACAGCUGAGGGCUCAGAAAGCAAAAGGCAGUCACAGUAUAGCGUUCUGCUCCCUAUAAAGCUACUUAGAACAGUCCACUUAAACUUUUGCAAACUCUGGAUUCUGGGAGAAGCCAAAGAAUUGCAGCUGGAAGAAACUGUUCAGAGAAAGCAUAUAAAUCUGGCUGUUCCGAUAAGGGGCAACAGAUGAGUUACUCACUGAAUUUAGGUGACUAGGUGUUUCAGAUCAUUGCAAUUCUACUGAACAUUCUGUUUUAUUCAUAUUAUAAGUAAAGAGCCUGGCUGGAACAAAAUGUUGCGUUGCAGCGCUCUCCUGUUCAUUGCACCUGUCAGGCAGCCAGCCAGCCAGCCAGCCAUGCCCUCCUCCACAACGCUCCAUUUCACUUCCCGUCACACCCAGUUUUCUGGUCCAUUCCACUUCCAACAGUAAGUCAGCAUUCUGUGCCCACUGAGCAUGCUCAGUCCUCAUUGGGAUUUCUUUGUGUUUUGCUCCACUCAACAAGCAGCAACACCUACGGCUAGGGUUGGAGGAGAAAUUUAAUUCAGUGUGCAUUUAAAGCUGAAUCUAUAAAAUUUGCACUUUCCUAAACAAUAUUCGAAUCCCCGCGACGGGGUGAGCUUCCGUUGCUCGGUUCCAGC